AUGCUGCCGCCGGCUACAUGCCAGCCGCAGUGCUACGGGGGCUCAAGGACGCAGCUUCAGCUGGAUGUGCGGUACCUCACAAGACCAGAGGAUGGGGAAGGAGGGCCCUUACCCCCAGUGCCAACGCUGGAUGUGGUCGAUCAGUCUGAGCUGAUCGAGAAGCUGCGGCGGAAGAUCGCCGAGCAAGAGACAGAGAUCAAAGAGCAGAACUUUACCAUUCAGGACUUGGAGGAAGAGCUGAAGAAGGCUCUCGAGGCUUUGAGGCUGGCUGGCCUGCAGGUCGCAUCACCAACUCGCACGCGCCCAAAGCGAGAGCCGCCGGCUGCAAAAGAGUGCCAGACGGAUCCUUGGUUUCCACCUGCUCGAGAGGUCGCUGCCGCCCCAGGCGAGCAAGAGAAGGUCAAGUAUGAGAAGCCGGCCCCAGGAGACCAAGCACUCCCAAGCCGAAGCGAGAGAAGAAAGGGCGUCAAGAAUCAGCACCCAGCGAAAGCAGUGACGACUCGGCAGAGGUGGAAACAACGAAGAAGCCAGUUAAGAGAGAGAGGAGGAAGGAAGAAGGAUCCAAGGACAGGGUCGAGAAGAGCGUGGAUUCGGACCUUCUGA